AUGUCAGGGUCCGACAAAGUAAACCCGAAAUUUGUCAAGGAAACGCGAGUAAUGCAAGUGAGGCCAAAGGAUUCCCCGACAAGUUCCGAUAGUGGGAGCAGUGACGCGUCAGCUACUGUCACUAUUGCUGGUCCAACAACGGCCGCUGUUGGGGAAAAGCCAAAUGAGAAAGAUGAUUCACCCUGUCAAUCAAAAAAGAAGAAGAAGAGAGCAAGCCUUGAAGGAAAGGAGGCAGAAAGUACCAUUCUCAAUCUCAUGGAGGCACAACAAGCAGCCAUGGAGAAAGCAGACGAGAAAGACGAACGGAUGUUCAAGGCUUUGUUAAAAUCCCAAAGCGACUCUCAACAAAGACACCAGGAAUUUACUCUUUCUGUCGUGGGCAAAGUGGGCGAGAUUUUCUCUUCGAAAAAAUAA